AUGCAAAAGCAAGUUCUGCAGGUCAGAGAUGCCUCUUGUGCUGGUACAGGUGCUUUGUACGUUGAGCCCGCAGGAGGAAUAACGGUUGACAGUGCAAAGGAAACAAAAAUUUCAUGGAAUCCUGCUUGUUUGGAUCCCGCUGGAGGAGAGAUUGAUAUUUAUCUAUAUGCUCCCCAACAACCAUCUGCCAACUUACCAAUUCACGCAUGGACACACAUUCCGGCAACCACUGGAAGUUUCCCUGUCAAAUUAGCACCAGUAUGGUGGAACGUCGUCCCAAACACCACAUCUUCCGUCGAAUUGAGUUUGAACAUCGUCCCAACCGGAAAUCAACCUUGGGAUACUGCCAAUCCAUUCGGUCCAACUUGGACGGCAACUUAUACCGCUCCUGCAAACGGUGAAUCCCCACCAAAAGAUGCUGUCGCCGGUUCGGAAGUAAACAAAUUGGUCUCAAUCUUCUACAAAGGUGGUCAUAUCACAGCAGGUGGUAAGGCUGCCGCUAUCAUCUGUCCUUUGAUCGUCUUGUUCGUUGCUAUCGGUAUCUUUGUCAGAAAGUUGCACAUCAACCGCAACAACAAGACUGCAGACUGGGCUGACCACAUGGACAAACGUAUGUCUCAAAUCUCUCUCGAUUGGCAAUCAGGUGGUGAUGGUAGCGCUGGUCCUAUGCCAGGCAGCAGACCUGCCAGCUUUAUGGGACGUCCUCAAUCCGCUUACAGACCUUCUUUGGACCAUGUUCGUGCUCUUUACAACGCCAACCUUGCCAACGGAAGCACAAGUCAGACCAAUUUGGCAGGUAUGGGCGCAAAUAUCGGUGAAGGCGAUUUCGAUCAUGAAAUGAGUGAAGCACAAGGUCAUGCUCGUUCAAUUACAGAUUCAUCCUUCGCACGUCAAUCACAAUACCGCGCCUCUCGUGUUUCAUUCGCUCCUUCUACAGAUGUCGGUACCACACAACACGGACACGCAUCUGCCCGUGGACACAGCAAGAAUUCAGCUUCUAUACCCCGUGUCGGUGCCAACAGUGGUUACCGCGGCUCAUCUGCUCGUGAUUCACAAUUCCAAGUUCCAAAGAUCGAUCCACGUUUCAAAGCUGAAAGCCAUUUGCGUAACACCGAGAACUUUGAUGAUGAUGAUGAAUUGAUGAUGUCUCCAACACAAGAAGAAGGUGCACGACCACUCAAUCUUGAAAACGUCCGACGCAGUAUCGAUGAUGAUGUUCGUAACUCCAUGUUGCGUUACCCUGCUUUGGAAAUGGUAACAAACAAUGGAUCGGAAUUGCACCUUCCACACGCUGACAAUAGGCCAAUCUCUGGAAUCGCAGACAUCCGAUCGCAAUCGCCUCAAGAUUACUUACGUCCACAAAUGCAAACAGGAAUGUUACCACCAUCCAAUGCAACUUCACCUGAUGAUGCCAUGAGACAGUAUGCUGCUCAACGUGCUGCAGGAGGUAGCCCAAUGCCAAGCAACACGAUGCGAACGCUUUACAGUGCAGCACAACCACAAAACGUUUCUCCACCAAUGGGAGGACAUCGUGCCGUUCACAGCAUCGAAGCUUCAACGAUCAAUGAAGAUGAUGUUGUUGGCUACAACGAAAUGAUUGAUCAUUCCAAGCAAUGA